AUGUUGACAUUUACCUAUGAAACUGUGGUAAAUCUAGGCUCUGAUUUUCCUUUUCCUAGAAAUAAAAAACAUUCCGUCCACACCUUCAUCGUCAACGUCCACACCUUCAUCGUCAACGUCCACACGUCCACAACUUCAUCGUCAACGUCCACACGUCCACACCUUCAUCGCCAACGUCCACACGUCCACACCUUCAUCGUCAACGUCAACACGUCCACACCUUCAUCGUCAACGUCCACACCUUCAUCGUCAACGUCCACACCUUCAUCGUCACCGUCCACGCCUUCAUCGUCAACGUCCACACGUCCAUACCUUCAUCGUCAACGUCCCCCCCUUCAUCGUCAACGUCCCCCCCUUCAUCGUCACCGUCCACCCCUUCAUCGUCAACUCCUACACAUCCACACCUUCAUCGCCAACGUCCACCCCUCCACACCUUCAUCGUCAAAGUCCACACCUUCAUCGUCAAAGUCCACACCUUCAUCGUCACCGUCCACCCCUUCAUCGUCACCGUCCACCCCUUCAUCGUCAACCUCAACACGUCCACACCUUCCUUGUUACAGUCCACGCCUUCAUCGUCACCGUCCACACGUCCACACCUUCAUCGUCAACGUCCACACGUCCACAACUUCAUCGUCAACGUCCACACGUCAACACGUCCACACCUUCAUUGUUACCGUCCACGCCUUCAUCGUCAACGUCCACACCUUCAUCGUCAACGUCCACACGUCGACGCCUUCAUCGUCCACGUCCACACGUCCACACCUUCAUCGCCAACGUCCACACGUCCACACCUUCAUCGUCAACGUCCACACGUCCACACCUUCAUCGUCAACGUCCACACGUCAACACCUUCAUAGUCAACGUCCACACCUCCACACCUUCAUCGUCAACGUCUACACCUCCAUCGUCACCGUACACGCCUUCAUCGUCAUCGUCCACACGUCAAAACCUUCAUAG